UCUGAGGCCAGCACUCUGCCCUCAGGCCUGGGCAUCCCUCAGCGCCUGGGGGCUGUGCUGCAGCUGCUACCACUGGACAGCUACGCGGAGGGGCCGGUGAGGCUGCUCUAGGCCUCAGUUUACCCUUUGCAGGAACUCAGGGGGAGCACUUGCCUUGGGUAGGGGGGAGGACCCGUGUCCCCAAAGACCCCUGAGCCUGAACAGAGGAGCCCUGAACUGUCACCCAACAAGGGGUCCUGGAGGCACCCCGGGCAGGGGUCAGUGGGCCACAGAGCGGACCCCCUCUGUCUCCAGGCUGUGGCCAUGGAGCUGGUGCCCAGCGACAUGGAGAGGGGCCUGCAGACCCCAGUGUGGACAAGCUACCAGCCCAUCCUCUCCAGGGCCGGUUGUGCGAGCCCCCUGGCCACGAUAGAGAGAUUUGAGUUUUAUAAGCGGACCAGAAAGGCUUUUGCUGUUGUGACAACUGGGGAGGCGGCCCUCUACGGAAACCUCAUCCUCAAGAAGGGGGUGCUGGCCCCCGAUGCCCUGUUCCAGGCCUGUUGAAGACCACCCGCCCAGAGAGGGAUCUGGAACCCUGAGCCUGAUGCCGCCACCAGCAGGCGUGUCCAGCGGCAGAUGAACUGGCCUGGCCCUGCCUGGCAGCGCUCAGAGCUCACCCAGCCAGGGGCUCCAGGGGCCCAGCGGGUCCUGGGUGGGCCUCUGCUGACCAGGGCGGGCGUUACCCCAGUUCAGAAAAAUGAUGGAAAAGUGUAGUGACUUGCCAACAUACAGUCCAAAGGUUUAAACAGGAGCUCCGUCUUCACUCACAAAGGCCUGUUUGGUGCUGAGUGCAACGGCGGCGGUGGGCUCCCUGGAGGGCAGACCCCACCCACUCUCGGUGAACCCUCAGGUGGGAAGUAAGGCCUCCCUCCUCCCGAUAGGUUUGGGUCACCUGACUUGGCAAGUCCCUGGGUUUGGGAUGAGAGUUCACACAGGUCGAGAGGCUCGCGUGGGGAGAUCGCACAGAGGGCCCGGGCAGGGGCCUGGGUGAUGCAGCACACGGCAGGGGCCUGGAGGUGGGUGCAUCAGCUACCCAGGCAGCCCUGAGUGGGCUGCAGUCACUAAGGUGGCCCUUGAAGAGGGGGCCAGGGCUGUUCCUUCAGCCCCAGAGGCAGGAGGGCAGGUGGCAGAGGCUGGUCUGGAGCCUCCGGGGGCUGACCACACCGUCAGCUGGGGUGGGGGGCGCUGGGCCCUGUGCCUGUGUUCCCUCGCUCUGGUGGUUGAGCGCCUACUGAAUAUGCAUGAGCCCGAGUGGGCCUGGGGAUGGCCGGGGCGGCAGGUAGAGGACAGGAGGACGCGAGGCUCCCAGGCAAAGGGGGCCUGCGAGGUUGCGACGGCUUCCCAGCACGUUCUCAAACUGGGUCUCCCGGGGUGGGCGGGGUUCCCACUGGCCAUUGCACAGGAUCCCUCCCUGAGGGCCCUCUCCCUGCUCCUCCAGACCUUCUCACAGCACGUGGGCGUGGGAGCUGGGAUGACCAGGGAUCCCCAGGGCUCGGGGGAGGCUCCCAUGGUCAGGACCAGGGGCUGGUGGGCCUGGAAGGCAGACAGGUCCACUGGGCGGAGGUCUGGGGCUCAGCCUGGGGAAGGGACCACGUUCUGGGCCCGCCACUGCCAGGGCUAAUCUCUGAUCCCUGACCCCACGGCCAGCCACUUCCAGCGACACACGGGCCUCUCCUGAAACAGCUUUAUCGAGGUUGAAUUGACACGCAGUAAGUAAGCUGUUCACGUUUAAAGCAUUCAGUUAAAUUCGUUUGGGUGUUGGACCAGCACCUCCAUCCCCCCCCCUUCCCUGCCCCCACUGGUCCGCCCCCCUCCCUGCUGGUCAGUGUGCAUUUUGCAGAACUCCGUGUAGGUGGAAGGCCGUGCAUGCCGUCUGCGUGCUCGCGGUGGGGUGGGGUGUAGAGCGGGAGUUUGCUGCACGCACUGCUGUGUUCCAUCCAGGCAGCUCUUGGGGGGCGCUGGGUUGCUUUCAGCUCUUGGCUAUUGCAGAUAAGCUCGCCGCACAAGUCCGCAUGGACACGAGCCUUCAUUUCUGGAGUAAACACCUCUGGUCAAGGCUCGGCCGUAGGGCGUGUGUAUGUGUGACUUUGUAAGAAACUCCCAAACCGUUUCCAAAGCAGCUGAGCUGGUUUACAUCCCCAGCCCUGGGAAUGUGCAUUCCAACCCCUGGUCCUCAUCCUGGCUGCUGGUCUCUCCCGUGAGCCGCUCCAAGGGGACUGUAGUGGUGAGUUCUCUGAGCGUUAAUGAUGUUGAACAUCUUCUCAUGGGUGUGUGUGCCUUCUAUUUUCUUUGGUGACAUGAAUGGUCAAUCUCUUGCCCACUUUGGCACUGGGGCGUUUAAUGAUUCC